AAUGUGAAACAUGUCGCAGAAGCAUUCAAGAAGUGACUGAAGGGAGAAGGAAAAAAGUGCCACUGCCUAUCAGGAAAAAACAAAACAAAACAAAACAUGGGAAAUACAACCACCAAAUUCCGCAAAGCACUCAUCAAUGGAGAUGAAAAUCUGGCCUGCCAAAUAUAUGAAAACAACCCUCAGCUAAAAGAGUCCCUUGAUCCAAAUACAUCUUAUGGGGAACCCUAUCAGCACAAUACUCCAUUGCACUAUGCUGCUAGGCAUGGAAUGAAUAGAAUACUAGGGACUUUUCUUUUUGGUAGAGAUGGAAACCCAAAUAAACGGAAUGUUCACAAUGAAACAUCUAUGCAUUUGUUGUGUAUGGGACCUCAAAUAAUGAUAUCUGAAGGAGCCCUUCACCCUCGCUUAGCACGGCCCGCAGAAGAUGAUUUCAGAAGAGCAGAUUGUCUGCAGAUGAUCUUAAGAUGGAAAGGUGCAAAACUUGACCAGGGCGAAUAUGAGAGAGCAGCUAUUGAUGCCGUUGAUAACAAAAAAAACACACCCCUGCACUAUGCUGCUGCCUCAGGGAUGAAAGCCUGUGUAGAGCUUUUAGUAAAACAUGGAGGAGACUUGUUUGCUGAGAAUGAAAAUAAAGAUACCCCUUGUGAUUGUGCUGAAAAGCAACACCACAAAGAUUUGGCCCUCAAUCUGGAAUCUCAAAUGGUAUUCUCACGGGAUCCCGAAGCUGAAGAAAUAGAAGCUGAAUAUGCUGCAUUAGACAAACGAGAGCCAUAUGAAGGAUUAAGACCUCAGGAUCUUCGUAGAUUGAAAGAUAUGCUUAUUGUGGAAACUGCAGACAUGCUUCAGGCUCCUCUGUUUACUGCUGAAGCUUUACUUCGAGCUCAUGACUGGGACAGGGAGAAGUUACUUGAAGCUUGGAUGGCCAAUCCAGAGAACUGCUGCCAACGAUCAGGUGUUCAGAUGCCAACACCACCGCCAAGCGGGUAUAAUGCCUGGGACACGCUUCCUUCUCCAAGAACGCCAAGGACUACACGUUCUUCUGUCACCUCCCCAGAUGAAAUCAGUUUAUCUCCUGGGGAUUUAGAUACCAGUCUGUGUGACAUUUGUAUGUGCAGUAUUUCUGUAUUUGAAGACCCAGUGGAUAUGCCCUGUGGACAUGACUUUUGUAGAGGAUGUUGGGAGUCGUUUUUGAAUCUGAAAAUUCAAGAAGGUGAAGCUCACAACAUUUUCUGUCCUGCAUAUGAUUGCUUCCAACUUGUGCCUGUGGAUAUCAUAGAAAGUGUAGUUUCAAAGGAGAUGGACAAGCGAUACCUUCAGUUUGAUAUUAAGGCCUUUGUUGAAAAUAACCCUGCCAUUAAAUGGUGUCCUACUCCAGGCUGUGAAAGAGCAGUCAGGCUAACAAAACAAGGGUCAAAUACAUCUGGAUCUGAUACACUCAGCUUCCCGUUGCUAAGAGCUCCUGCUGUGGAUUGUGGAAAAGGACACCUCUUCUGCUGGGAGUGCCUUGGUGAAGCACAUGAGCCUUGUGACUGCCAAACAUGGAAAAACUGGCUACAGAAAAUAACAGAAAUGAAACCAGAAGAACUUGUGGGUGUUAGUGAAGCUUAUGAGGAUGCUGCCAAUUGUCUCUGGUUGUUAACUAACUCCAAGCCUUGUGCUAACUGUAAGUCUCCUAUACAGAAGAAUGAAGGCUGCAAUCACAUGCAGUGUGCUAAGUGCAAGUAUGACUUCUGCUGGAUUUGCCUAGAAGAAUGGAAAAAACAUAGUUCUUCCACUGGAGGUUAUUACAGGUGUACUCGCUAUGAAGUCAUUCAGCAUGUGGAGGAACAAUCCAAGGAAAUGACUGCAGAGGCUGAGAAAAAACAUAAACGAUUUCAGGAACUCGACAGAUUUAUGCACUAUUACACAAGAUUUAAAAACCAUGAGCAUAGUUAUCAGUUAGAACAACGACUUCUUAAAACAGCCAAAGAAAAGAUGGAACAAUUGAGUAGAGCUCUCAAAGAAACUGAAGGAGGCUGCCCAGAUACCACUUUCAUUGAAGAUGCAGUUCAUGUGCUCUUAAAAACUCGACGUAUUCUCAAGUGUUCUUAUCCAUAUGGAUUUUUCUUGGAACCCAAAAGCACAAAGAAAGAAAUUUUUGAACUAAUGCAAACAGAUCUAGAAAUGGUGACUGAAGACCUUGCCCAAAAGGUCAACAGGCCUUACCUCCGCACACCUCGUCACAAGAUCAUCAAAGCAGCAUGCCUUGUACAACAGAAGAGGCAAGAGUUCCUGGCGUCUGUGGCUCGAGGAGUUGCUCCUGCAGACUCACCGGAAGCUCCAAGGCGCAGCUUUGCUGGUGGAACAUGGGAUUGGGAAUAUUUAGGAUUUGCAUCACCUGAGGAAUAUGCUGAAUUUCAGUAUCGGAGGAGACAUAGACAACAUCGUCGUCGAGGAGAUGUGCACAGUCUGCUCUGUAAUCUUCCAAACCCUAAUGAGCCAAGUGAAAGCACUUUAGAUAACCCGGAAGGUAGCAGCAGCCGUCGGCCUGGCCCGUCUGUGGUGAGCUCCACGUCCAUGAGUGUGCUGCACAGCUCCUCCCUGCGUGACUCCACCCCAGCCAGCCGCUCUGAAAACCAGGACUCUCUGCAGGCUCUCAGUUCCUUGGAUGAAGAUGAUCCCAAUAUACUUCUCGCAAUACAGUUAUCACUGCAAGAGUCCGGGCUGACCAUUGAUGAAGAAGAAACUAGAGACUUCCUCAGUAAUGGAGCUUCUCUAGGAGCAAUAGGCACUUCCUUACCUUCCAGGUUAGACUCAGUCCCCAGAAAUACAGAUAGCCCUAGAGCUGCAUUGAGCAGCUCUGAGCUCUUGGAACUUGGUGAUAGUCUCAUGAGACUAGGAACAGAAAGUGACCCAUUUUCAACUGACACUGUGAGUUCACACCCUCUCAGUGAGGCAAGAAGUGAUUUCUGUCCCUCAUCUAGUGACCCUGACUCUGCUGACCAGGACCCCAACAUUGAUGACAAUCUUCUUGGCAACAUCAUGGCUUGGUUUCAUGACAUGAACCCUCAGAGUAUUGCCCUAAUUCCUCCAGCAACUACAGAAAUCGGUGCAGAUUCCCAGCUCUCUUGUGUCAAAGAUGGGUCAGAAGGUGUGAGAGAAAUGGAACUGGUGUCACCAGAAGAAGACUCAAUAUUUGAAGAUGCUAGUGUCAGUGAAGGUAGAGGAACCCAGAUAGAAGAGAAUUCUUUGGAAGAAAAUAUUCUGGCUGGGGAAGCAGCGUCUCAAGCUGGUGAUACUGGUAAUGAGGCAGCCAGCAAAGGGGAUGGUUUAGAUGUUUCAAGUCAGACAUCUCAAACCUCAAGUGACUGGCUUGAACAAGUACAUUUAGUGUAAAGUGCACACAUCUGGACUCUAAACAAAUCGCAGGUACAGAUGGUAUGCUAGGUGGAGUAUACUGGAGAGACUUUGAUUCACUUAAUUCCAACUCAGUUAUAAACCACUAACGUUAGGAUUGAAUACACAGGAAUUCCCUUGAAUGGUAGCUUCGUUUCCUAUUUUAACUGUAUAGGGAACUUCUUUUGUAUUUAAUUGGGUAGUUUUUCCCCUUUUUGCUGACAAAAAGAAGAGCAAGAAAAACAAACAAAAAUGACAUAAAUAGGUUGCAUUCCAGAUUCUAAGAAAAUAAAGUCCUCUGUUUAGCCUAGGGUUGACAAUACUUAAAUUGAACAUUUACAUUAAAGGCUUACUCCCUAAUCCUUUAAAAAAAAAAAAAGUUUCUUGAUUUUUAGUUCACCUUGGACAGACCUAAUAACAUGUGUGUCCUCUUUCUCUUUGUGCUCUUCCAUAACUUUCUUCCUUCCUUUUAGUCUGAGCAGUAUCAAUUGAGGCAUCCAAAGCUUCUCUUUAGUGCUGCAUCUACUACAGUGUAAUUAGUUUUAAUUUUCACAUGAAUCAAAGAUUUCUUUACAUGUCUAUUCACAAUCCAAUUGUGCCAAACUCUGACUCGUGCGCUGACUAACAAGGCACUUAGGUGUGCAGUGUCCUAGAGUGCCAGAGCAGUAUCCACGUUCUAGGAGUAAAAGGUGCCACUGAGUAGCAAUGAUGUUCCAGAAUGUAAGGGGGUUUUGUUGUCAUGGAGACUGCAUUUAAAUAAAUGUAGCCUGUAGCUUAAGUUAACUAAACCUAAUGCUGCUGCUAAAAACAGUUUAAUAUUAAAAUACAGUUGAUUAGCAACGGCGGUGCUGUAUUUUAAGAGACACUUUAUUGGAAGUGCAAUCAUAGUUCUUUGUUUUCACGGUUUUACAGUGCAUUCUAAUUACUAAUGGGUGCAAUUACUUUUAAUGGUAAGUGUUUUAUAAUAUAGAAAAAAGUGUUUUCAUGAGUUAUAGUGAAUCCCACAAUUAUUAAAAAAUUCAAUAAAACAUCCUGCGCAACAUGUUACUGUGCCUUUGCCUAACCUAAAUGGAUAGUUGCCAGUUAAAUAAGUGAGUAAUUCAAAUUUCAGUCUCUUCUGAAGUAACUAUGCUAUGAAUUGCAAAGACCUCCAUAAAACCACCCAUGGCCUUGCCUUUACAGUAAAUAUAACAAUUAAAUGUUCAAUCUGUUUGUUUGCCUAACUAUCAGAUGCUGACAUGUGUUUGUUCUAUUGCACAAUACUCAUUUACUGUGUGAUUACUGUUUAGUGUUGAAAAAAAUCAACUUCCUAGUUAUCAGUGUCUUACUGUAAAGAAAAUACUGGUCUUAGUUGUAAUUAAGAUGCAAUGAAUGGUACAGUGUGUAAUUAAAACUAGAGUAAACUGUUGGAAUGGCUGUUUUACUUACAUAUAAUCAAAACUAGCAUAACAUAAACAGAAUAGAUAAGCGCAACACUCCAUUUAAUGUUUCACCAGGUUGUUACUAAAAAUCUACAGAUGCCAAAAUUUCAGUGCCGAGUUUGUACAGGCAAGUCCUGGGCUGGGUAAGAGGUUAUAUUAGUAUCAAUAUCCACAGGAGUUGUGAGUACAUUUUGGUUCAUUUAUUUCCAAGCCCUGCUUUUGAAAUAUUCUUGUACUUCAAAUUCAUAUGGCUAGAACAUUAUGUUAGAGUAUUUCACUCCCCCCGGGCUUCCCUGGGACAAACUGGGAAUUGCUCCUCUGCCGUGGAGAUCAAAGGUCCACGUUACCUUUUCUCCUGUCAUCAGAAACAUUGAGAUCAAUCCCUAUUAAAGUUAGUGGGGGGAAAUAUUAUCUUUGUCUACAGUGUAUUACUGUAUAUGGAACUGAAAUAGUCCAUUAAAGGAUUUUUUUACAAAUUUAUUUUGGAUUAAAAAUACCAACACCAAUAAGUUUUUAGACCAAGUUGUAAUUUUCAGCAGAAAGCCUUUGCAUCACAUUGCAGCGUCUUGCACAGCUGCAGUAAGGUGAGAACGUGCUCUUUGUGAAGAUAGCAUACAUGGUGGGUUCUGGGUUCCUUGCACCUUGUGCAGUCUCCUUUGUUUCUGUGCUGUUCUCUCCUGAGCAUGAAAAAUGAUCAUUAUCCAAUUUGUAUUUCCUUGGUACAUAUUUUAAAAACGACACAGUCAUUGACUUUACAAUUCAGUAAUAAAGUUUGGCAAAGCCUAUUUUGUAAACAAGUUGAUUUUAUAAUGUAAAAAAAGUUAAUCUAACCUUGACUUGUUAUUUGCACUUUCAUAGUCUAUACUUGAUACAUUCCCACUUUAUAUACAGUAGGAUUCUACAAACGUGUAGAUGUUUGGCCAAAUGAAUGCUGUUAAUAAUAUGUAAAAUUCUUUGAUUAAACAUUUAUUACUUAAACUA